UUUCACUUUCAGCCCAAACCCCAACUUUUCUUGUGCAAAGGGAAAAGUGCACAAACAAAACUCCGAUCAGUGUUGUAACUCUGCUAUUUUUUCUCCGAUCGAAGAUCAACUAUUCCGAUUUCCGACGAUGAAUGUGAUGGAUUCAGCUCCGGCUAAAAGUAGCUUAAUGAGUCCCGAAUCUGAUAUUCAGAGAACACAGUAUCCAUAUGUGACUGGGACAUCAGUUGUCGGCAUCAAGUACAAAGAUGGUAUUCUCUUGGCAGCUGACAUGGGAGGUUCCUAUGGUUCAACGAUACGUUACAAGAGUGUGGAGCGAUUAAAGCCAGUGGGAAAGCACUCCCUUCUUGGUGCAAGUGGUGAAAUAAGUGAUUUUCAGGAGAUAAUGAAGUACCUUGAUGAGCUUAUCCUGUAUGACAACAUGUGGGAUGAUGGAAACUCCUUGGGUCCCAAAGAAGUGCAUAACUACCUAACACGUGUGAUGUAUAAUCGUCGCAACAAGUUCAACCCACUUUGGAAUUCACUUGUUCUUGGUGGAGUGAAAAAUGGACAGAAGUAUCUUGGAACAGUUAGUAUGAUUGGUGUGCAUUACGAGGACAACCAUGUGGCUACUGGAUUCGGGAAUCACCUUGCAAGGCCCAUUCUCCGUGACGAAUGGCAUGAAAACUUGAGUUAUGAAGAGGGCGUUAAGUUAUUGGAGAAAUGUAUGCGUGUGCUUUUGUAUCGAGACAGAUCUGCAGUCAACAAGCUUCAGAUUGCAAAAAUCACAGAAGAGGGAGUAACAAUUUCUCAGCCAUACUCAUUGAAGACUUUCUGGAACUUCUCUGCUUUCCAGAAUCCAACUGUUGGUGCUGAGGGUUCAUGGUAAUAACUGGCUGCUGCAUCGACUAAGUUUCAUGAAGGAACUACACAAUGUGUUGCAGAUUUUAGAACUCGCUAUGUCUUCAUGGAAACGAUGUUUGAUAGAACCCGUGUAAUUUGAAUUGUCUAUGGUCUUUCUAGGCUUUUUCCUAAUGUAAACUAUAAAGACAUGUCACCUGAUGUUUCACUUUUCCUUCACUAUGUGAGAUUGUUAUCUUCCAAAGUUAUUUGGCAUGCCAUGGCUU